UCAAGAAGAAAAAUAAAACAGAACACAAGAAAUUGUCCGAGAGAGAGAUGAUGAGAAGUGUACAAAACUACCACCAUUCUUACAUCUUCAUCAUCUUAAUUCUGUUUCUUGCUUUCUCUGUUUCUGCAAACACUUUUUCAGCCACAGAAUCUCUCACUCUCUCAAGCAACAAAACCAUUAUAUCUCCUAAUCAAAUAUUCGAGCUCGGUUUCUUCAAUCCCGCAUCAAGUUCGCGUUGGUAUCUCGGGAUAUGGUUCAAGAUAAUCUCUAAGAGAACCUACGUAUGGGUUGCAAACAGAGACAAUCCUCUCUCUAGUUCCAACGGAACUCUCAAAAUAUCCGGCAAUAACCUCGUCAUUUUCGAUCAAUCCGAUAGACCUGUUUGGUCGACCAAUAUAACCGGAGGAGAUGUUAGAUCACCACUGGUUGCAGAGCUUCUUGAUAACGGUAACUUCGUGCUUAGAGACUCCAAAAAUAAAGAUCCAAGAGGAUUUUUGUGGCAGAGUUUCGAUUUUCCGACAGAUACUUUACUAUCGGAGAUGAAAUUGGGAUGGGAUAACAAAACCGGAUAUAGCAAAUUAUUGAGAUCUUGGAAAACCACAGAUGAUCCAUCAAGCGGCGAUUUCUCGAUUAAACUCCGAACCAGCGGUUUCCCUGAAUUUUACGUAUGCAAUAGAGAGUCCAUAACUACCGGAGCGGUCCAUGGAUCGGAAAUCGGUUUAGCAGUGUACCGGACGAAGCCACUUGAUUACAUAGUUAACAAUUUUACUAUGAGUAAUCAAGAAGUAGCUUACACAUACCGAGUCAACAAAACCAACAUUUACUCGAUAUUAAGCCUAAGCUCCACGGGAUUAUUACAACGAUUAACUUGGAUGGAGGCAGCACAGAGUUGGAAACAAUUAUGGUACUCACCAAAGGACCUAUGUGAUAACUACAAAGAGUGUGGGAAUUACGGUUAUUGCGAUCCGAACAGUUCACCUAUUUGUAAUUGUAUCAAAGGGUUUGAGCCAAUGAAUGAGCAAGCGGCUUUGAGAGAUGAUUCCGUUGGUUGCGUGAGGAAGACGAAUCUGAGUUGUGACGGUAGAGAUGGGUUUGUGCGGUUGACGAAGAUGAGACUGCCAGAUACUACAACGACAAUUGUGGACAGAGGAAUUGGGUUGAAAGAAUGUGAAGAGAGGUGUCUAAAAGAUUGUAAUUGUACGGCCUUUGCUAAUACCGAUAUUCGUAAUGGCGGAUCCGGUUGCGUGAUUUGGACCGGAGAGCUGUUGGAUAUCCGAAAUUAUGCUAAGGGAGGUCAGGAUCUUUACGUUAGACUAGCCGCUGAAGAUCUCGAGGACAAGAGAAUCAAAAAUGAAAAAAUCAUAGGCUCAAGUAUUGGAGUGAGCAUUUUGCUUCUUUUAAUGUUCAUCAUCUUCCAUUUUUGGAAAAGGAAGCAGAAACGAUCAAUAGCAAUUCAAACACCGAUUGUUGAUCAAGUGAGAAGCCAAGAAUUGCCAAUGAACGAAGUGGUAAUAUCAAGCAGGAUUUACAGAUCCAAAGAAAACAAAACAGAGUAUCUAGAGCUCCCAAUGAUGGAGUUGAAAGCUCUAGCCAUGGCAACAAACAAUUUUUCUAACGACAACAAGCUUGGACAAGGUGGUUUCGGUAUUGUUUACAAGGGAAGGUUACUUGAUGGAAAAGAUAUUGCGGUAAAGAGAUUAUCGAAAAUGUCUUCACAAGGGACCGAUGAGUUCAUGAACGAGGUUAGAUUAAUAGCAAAGCUUCAGCACAUAAACCUUGUCCGGCUUCUUGGUUGUUGCGUCGAUAAGGGUGAGAAAAUGUUGAUCUAUGAAUACUUGGAGAAUCUAAGCCUUGACUCUCAUCUCUUUGACAAAACACGACGCUCUAACUUAAAUUGGCAAAAGAGAUUUGAUAUUAUCAAUGGAAUUGCUAGAGGACUUCUAUAUCUUCACCAAGAUUCACGGUGUAGGAUUAUCCAUAGAGACUUGAAAGCAAGUAACGUUUUGCUUGAUAAAAAUAUGACUCCGAAGAUCUCGGAUUUCGGGAUGGCUAGGAUCUUUGGACGGGAGGAGACAGAAGCUAAUACAAGGAGGGUGGUCGGAACUUACGGCUACAUGUCUCCAGAAUAUGCAAUGGAUGGGAUAUUCUCGAUGAAGUCCGAUGUUUUCAGCUUUGGGGUCUUGCUUCUGGAGAUUAUAAGUGGCAAAAGAAAUAAAGGAUUUUACAACUCGAAUCAUGAUCUUAAUCUCCUCAGUUUUGUGUGGAGGCAUUGGACGGAAGGAAAAGGGCUAGAGAUUGUAGAUCGGAUCAACAUAGAUUCUUCAUCAUCAGCGUUCCGGACACAAAUCUUAAGGUGUAUACAAAUUGGUCUCUUGUGUGUCCAAGAACGAGCCGAAGACAGACCAGAGAUGUCCUCGGUAAUGGUGAUGCUUGGAAGCGAAACUACGGCUAUUACUCAGCCUAAACGUCCUGGUUUUUGCAUUGGGAAAAGUCCUCUUGAGGCUGAUUCUUCUUCAAGUACACAGCGCGACGAUGAAUGUUCAGUGAACCAAAUCACUCUCUCAGUCAUUGACGCUCGGUAAUUUGUAAUUUACCGACCCAAUCAGUUUAUAUGCAUAUUAUAAUAUAUGCAUGUAAAUCUUAAUAGCAAAUUUUUUCUUUUUUUUUUUUUUUUUUUUGAAUGAAUGUAAAAUUUAUUUCAUCAAAAAAAACCGGUUGUACAACGAGUGCAACAUUUAGAGUUAAAAUAUUUGAAAGAUUGCUAGCAUUCAAUAAGAUGAACAAGAGUUUUU